AUGGUUUAUCAUAUUAUCAAACUGGACUUCCACAAAGCCUAUGAUAGAGUUAAAUGGUGCUUUGUUGAUACAGUGUUAGAGAAAAUGGGUUUCGGUAGUACAUGGAGGGCAUGGGUAAAGGAGUGUAUAAGGUCGGCAUCCAUCUCUAUUCUAGUUAAUGGAUCCCCUUCAAAAGCAUUUAAAAUGGAGAGGGGACUUCGUCAAGGUGACCCGUUAUCGCCAUUCCUGUUUGUCUUGGUAGUGGAUGUGCUCAACAGAAUGAUCGGCGAGGCAGUGAGGAACGGUCGCAUUUUCCCACUGUUGGUCGGUAGGGAUGAUAUUGAGUUAUCACACUUACGUAUUUGCAGAUGA